AAAGGAUCAGCACUGGCAGGCAGCAGCGUGCAGCACGCGCCACGGCAAUCUUGGGGCCAAACAGUCGCAUCUCAGCGGAGUGGACUAGACUAACCAACCAACGCCCCCGUCCGAUCCGAGGGGCGACGCGGCGGGAGGCCAUGGACUUGUCGUCGUCGUCGUCGGGGCAGCGGCGCCGGCGCCGUCGGAGGGCGCACACGGCUGAGGAGGCGGCCGCGACUCUGCGGAAGGCGUGGUGCCGGCUGCGCCUCUCGGCGCGGGACCCAGCGCGCGUGCCGCCCUGGGACGCCGUCGUGCUUACGGCCGCCAGCCCCGAGCAGGCCGCACUCUACAACCGCCAGCUCGAGCGCGGCCGGAGCCUCGGCCGCUUCCCCGCCUCCACCACGGCCAUCGCCGUCCCGGACCCAGACGGCGCCCGAAUCGGCUCCGGCGCUGCCACGCUCCACGCUGUCGCCUCCCUCGUUCGCCACCUCGCCGCCCUGGCUUCCAAGGAAGAUAUAGCUGAAUUCCUUCCCGAAGCAAAUGGCUGUUCUGUGGAUGAGUCCGCUCUUGCCGCGGCAAGCUUCAUGGCGAAGAAGCACGUGCUCUUACUUCACGCCGGGGGUGACAGCAAGAGGGUUCCAUGGGCGAACCCCAUGGGGAAGGCUUUCCUGCCCCUGCCUUACUUGGCCGGUGACAAUCCUGAUGGACCCGUUCCACUUCUCUUCGAUCACAUUCUCGCGAUUUCAUAUAGCGCAAGGCAAGCGUUCAACAAUCAAGGUGGGAUCUUCAUAAUGACAGGGGAUGUUCUCCCCUGCUUUGAUGCCUCAAACCUAGUUCUUCCUGAAGAUGCUGCUAGCAUUGUGACGGUGCCCACUACUCUGGAUGUUGCCGCUAAUCAUGGAGUGGUUGUAGCGUCAAAGGAUGGCGGGAUCGAUCAGGAGAACUAUUCUCUAUGUCUGGUUGAUAAUCUCCUGCAGAAGCCAACAGUGAGCGAGCUUGUAGAGGGCCAUGCCAUCCUAGAUGAUGGGAGAGCAUUACUUGACACGGGAAUAAUAGCAGCAAGGGGUAAAGCAUGGCAGGACCUUGUCACGCUUGCACACUCAUCUAGCCAUACCAUGAUUAAGGAGCUCAUGACUAGUAAGAAAGAGUUGAGCUUAUAUGAAGAUCUUGUUGCUGCAUGGGUACCAUCCAAGCAUGAGUGGUUGAGAAACCGUCCAUUGGGCAAGGAACUGAUUGCUGCUUUAGGAAAACAAAGGAUUUUCAGCUUCUGUUCAUAUGACUUUUCAUUUUUACAUUUUGGUACAUCUGCGGAGGUUCUUGAUCACUUGGCAGGUUCCUAUUCAGGACUUGUAGGUCGAAGGCAUAUGUGCUCACUACCAGAGACCACUGCUUGUGAUAUUGCAGCGACAGCUAUUAUUUUGUCUACCAAGAUUUCUUCUGGGGUCUCAGUAGGAGAGGAUUCAUUGGUUUAUGAUUCAGUACUUUGUGGUAGAAUACGGAUUGGUUCGCAAUCCAUUGUUAUUGGGGUGAAUAUAAGUGAGUUUCAUGGGUACAGUCCUCAGAUAAUCAAUAGUAGAACUUGUUUCACAUUACCUGAUCGCCAUUGCCUCUGGGAAGUACCUUUGGUAAACUCUGCAGGAAGAGUUUUGGUUUACUGUGGUCUUCAUGAUAAUCCAAAAGUUUCUGUUAAGAGGGAUGGUACAUUCUGUGGCAAGCCAUGGAUAAAUGUUUUGGAAGAUCUUAGAAUCCAGGAUAUCGAUCUUUGGAACUCAACCAGCCAGGACAAGUGCUUAUGGACUGCAAGACUUUUUCCUGUCAUCUCUCUCCCUGAAAUGCUGAAUGUAGGCAUGUGGCUUAUGGGGACAGCAUGCGACCCAGAUGGAAAAAUAGCUACCUUGUGGAGAAAAUCACAGAGGGUCAGCUUGGAAGAGCUGCAUCGUGCUAUCGACUACAAUCAGCUUUGCACGGAUGCAAGCAAGCAUCAGUCAGAUCUUGCAGCUGACAUAGCCAAGUCUUGUAUGAACUAUGGCUUACUUGGACGUAACCUGUUUCAACUUUGCGAGGAAGUGUUACAAAAAGAUACAUGUUUAACACUCUGUGAAGAAUUGCUUUCAAUUUUUCCUAGUCAUGGGGAUCAGUAUUUUGGGGUUCUUCCUCAGAGCAGAGAAUAUCAGGUCAAGAUGGAUCUGCUUAGAGCUUCUGGAGAUCUUUCCACUGCAUGUAUCGUUGAAGAGAAAGUAUGGGCUUCCAUAGCGAGUGAAACUGCAGCAGCGAUAAAAUAUGGAUCAAAAGAGCCAUCAAGCGGUUCCAUGUAUUCAACCCAUGGAAACUUGCAUCCUAGGAAGGCCUUUGUAGAAUUACCAGUCCGUGUGGACUUUGUUGGGGGUUGGAGUGAUACACCUCCAUGGAGCUUGGAGCGUCCAGGUUGUGUUUUGAAUAUGGCAAUAAGCUUGGAAGGAAGUCUUCCGGUUGGCGCUAUGAUAGAGACAGCAGAAGAUCACCUUGGAGUUUCAAUCGAAGAUGAUGCUGGCAGGAAUGUUUAUAUUGAUGAUCUGGCAUCUAUUUCAUCUCCAUUCGAAGAAAGUGACCCGUUUCGUUUAGUCAAGUCUGCUCUUAUUGUUACCGGUAUCCUUGGCCAUAAAAUGUUGUCAAAAUCAGGCCUGAACAUUAGGACAUGGGCAAAUGUUCCUCGUGGAAGUGGACUGGGAACUUCUAGCAUAUUAGCAGCUGCUGUAGUUAAGGGACUAUUUCAAGUUAUGGAAGAUGAUGGAAGUGAUGACAAUGUUGCUAGAGCUGUUCUAGUGGUAGAACAAAUAAUGGGCACCGGUGGUGGAUGGCAAGAUCAAAUCGGUGGCCUAUAUCCUGGAAUCAAGUGCACCCAGAGCUUUCCAGGACAAUCAUUGCGGUUGCAAGUUGUUCCACUGUUGGCCUCACCUCAGUUGAUUCAGGAAUUAGAACAGCGUCUCCUGGUUGUGUUCACUGGCCAAGUAAGGCUUGCCCACCAAGUCCUGCAGAAAGUUGUAACUCGGUACCUCCGCCGCGAUAACAUCUUGAUAUCCAGCAUCAAGAGGCUUGCCGAGUUGGCCAAAAUUGGGAGGGAAGCCCUGAUGAAUGGUGAUAUAGACGAGCUCGGCAGCAUAAUGCUGGAGGCCUGGAGGCUGCAUCAAGAGCUAGACCCUUUCUGCAGCAACAAAUUUGUGGAUGAGCUAUUUGCUUUCGCCGAUCCUUACUGCAGCGGCUACAAGCUGGUCGGAGCCGGUGGUGGUGGCUUCGCCCUGCUGCUUGCCAAGAACCCUAGCUGUGCUAAAGAACUUAGGCAGGCACUUGAUGAGUCCAGCACCUUCGAUGUGAAGGUGUACGACUGGAACAUCGUUAUGCCACGAUGAUGAGGUAGUGCCUAACGAGGAUUACACGUCAUUCUUUUCAUUGCGGUUGAUAGAAGCUGCCCCUGCAGUAGUAGCUGGUUCAUAUGUAGUGUGCUUUUUCUUUAAGACUAUACUUGUUCUGACUGUUUCCAUCGUUUUCCCCUCUUGAUGUUAUUGAGCAUGAAUAGUUAUAGUGCUCUGUUGUAUUCCUCUCGCAGCCGAUUACUCUGCUGUAUUCCCUUUUUUUAUACGUAGCUGGUGAUAACCGAGAAUCUCAGUCCUAUGUUAUGCAGAUUUUUUUUUGAAGGGUUA